GACUCCACGAUUCGCUCCGCGUCGUCCCCCGAGGCCUCCCAUCCCCUCCUGCUGGGCCCCUCGUCCCUGUGGUGUUAAAGGUACUGUGUGACUGAGCAGCCAGUUUGGACUUUUCUGCAAAGAUACCAUGGCCAUGGGAAGGUGAAGUUCAGCUGAGUUUAAACUCUUUUGGCACUCCAUAAGCUGUGAAACAGAAGAAUGCAGAAGAGUAUCCUUUGCCUUUUAGUACAUGAAUGAUAAGAGCACAAGAUCAUUACUGCAAGUUUUCUGCGAAGAUGAGUUCGGAGGAGAAGAGUAUAUCUCCUGCUCACAAAACAUCCACUCCAUCACAUAGAAGUGCCUCCUGUUCAUCAUCAUCUCAGAGGGAUAGGAGACAGAGCAUUAAUAUUUUGGAACGGAAGGCUUCUUCGGGAAGCACAGACCCUUCCUUAAGCAAGCAGUUCCUUGAAACAGACCCUAUCUCUCUGUCCAAGGAACCUGACAGUUGGGAAAUCAUAGAGGGUCUGAAAAUUGGCCAUACUCAUGUACAGAAGCCAGACAAACAUGAAGGCUUCAUGCUGAAAAAGAGAAAAUGGCCCUUAAAAGGUUGGCACAAGAGGUUUUUCGUCCUGGAUAAUGGACUAUUAAAAUAUUCAAAGUCACCAAUUGAUAUACAGAAGGGCAAAGUACAUGGAAGCAUUGAUGUAGGCUUAUCAGUUAUGUCCAUUAAGAAGAAGGCUCGCAGAAUAGAUCUUGAUACGGAAGAGCACAUUUAUCAUUUGAAGGUGAAGUCCCAGGAUACAUUUGAUGCAUGGGUUUCAAAAUUACGCCACCACCGGCUGUACCGUCAGAAUGAGAUUGUGAGAUCUCCGAGAGAUGCCAGCUUCCAUAUAUUCCCCUCAGCCUCUACUACAGAGUCUUCACCAGCUGCUAAUGUACCAGAUGGAAAGGUACAACAAAAUAGCUUCCCAUGGCAAUCUCCUAUACCUUGCAGUAACAGCCUUCCUGCAACCUGCACUACUGGGCAGAGUAAAGUAGCAGCCUGGUUGCAGGACUCUGAAGAGAUGGACAGAUGUGCAGAAGAUCUUGCUCAUUGUCAGUCAAACCUUGUGGAACUCAGUAAACUUCUUCAAAAUUUAGAAAUACUACAGAGAACUCAGUCUGCACCAAAUUUCACAGACAUGCAGGCUAACUGUGUAGAUAUUUCAAAGAAAGACAAGCGGGUCACAAGACGAUGGAGAACAAAAAGUGUCAGCAAAGAUGCAAAAAUUCAACUUCAGUCCAACUCUUCUGGAGAUAACAUUAGCGAAGUACCUAGCUAUAUAAGUCUCUGGCAUACACAGGAAGGGCCGGCACCGAAGGGCCAGUUCAGCACAACACGACGCCGGCAGAGACUAGCAGCUGCAGUGGCUACAACAGUCCCUUUUAGUGCCACAAUGUCCCCAGUUCGGCUGCAUUCGUCCAAUCCCAACCUUUGUGCAGAUAUUGAGUUCCAGACCCCCCCAAGCCAUGUAACAGAUCCUCUGGAGUGCUCUACAGAGUACAUGAAGCUUCAAGAAGAAUUCUGCCUGAUGGCACAAAAAGUGCAUUCGCUUUUGAAGUCUGCCUUUAACAGCAUAGCUAUAGAGAAGGAGAAGCUUAAACAGAUCGUCUCGGAACAGGAUCUUACAGGUCACAAUGCUCAAAUAGCACACCUCAGACAGUCCCUUUCUCAGGCUCUCAACCAGAAUGCUGAACUAAGGAGUCGCUUGAACAGAAUACAUUCAGAAUCUGUUAUUUGUGAUCAGGUUGUCAGUGUAAAUAUUAUCCCUAGCCCUGAUGAGACGGGUGAACAAAUUCAUGUCAGUUUGCCAUUGUCUCAGCAAGUUUCUAACGAGAGCAGGCUCUCUAUGUCUGAAUCAGUGUCAGAGUUCUUUGAUGCACAGGAGGUGCUUUUGUCUGCCAGCUCGUCAGAAAAUGAGGCUUCUGAUGAUGAAUCUUAUAUCAGUGAUGUGAGUGAUAAUAUAUCUGAGGACAACACCAGUGUUGCAGACAUUUCUCGGCAAAUUGUCAAUGGUGAACUAACUGGAGGAGCGUUCAGGAAUGGACGGCGAACUUGUCUCCCAGCUCCCAGCCCUGACACCAGUAACAUCAAUCUAUGGAAUAUUUUGAGAAAUAACAUUGGUAAAGAUCUUUCCAAAGUAUCCAUGCCAGUUGAGCUAAAUGAGCCUCUGAACACCUUGCAACAUCUUUGUGAAGAGUUGGAAUAUAGUGAACUCUUGGACAAGGCUGCUGAAACGGAUGAUCCUUAUGAACGCAUGGUUCUCAUAGCUGCUUUUGCAGCAUCAGGUUAUGCCUCUACGUAUUUCAGAGCAGGAAGCAAGCCGUUUAACCCUGUGCUUGGUGAAACUUAUGAAUGUAUUAGAGAAGACAAAGGAUUUCGAUUUUUCUCCGAGCAGGUUAGCCACCAUCCUCCCAUUUCAGCCUGCCACUGUGAAUCGAAGAACUUUGUGUUUUGGCAAGAUAUCAGGUGGAAAAACAAAUUUUGGGGGAAAUCAAUGGAAAUUCUUCCAGUUGGAACCUUGAAUGUGACUCUUCCAAAGUACGGAGACUACUACGUCUGGAACAAAGUCACUACUUGCAUACAUAAUAUCCUUAGUGGAAGGAGGUGGAUAGAACACUAUGGAGAGAUAACAAUCAGGAACACAAAAAGCAGUGUUUGUAUUUGUAAACUCACAUUUGUCAAGGUAAACUACUGGAAUUCAAAUGUAAAUGAAGUCCAGGGAGUUGUGAUAGAUCAAGAAGGGAAGGUAGUGCAUCGCCUCUUUGGAAAGUGGCACGAAGGUCUUUAUUGUGGUGUAGCACCUUCAGCCAAAUGCGUGUGGAGGCCAGGCUCCAUGCCAACCAACUAUGAACGGUAUUAUGGCUUCACAAGAUUUGCUAUUGAGCUCAAUGAAUUAGAUCCUGUACUGAAACAUCUUCUUCCAACAACAGAUGCACGAUUCAGGCCGGAUCAAAGGCUUCUAGAGGAAGGAAAUAUAGAAGCAGCAGCAUCAGAGAAGCAAAGAAUAGAAGAACUCCAGAGAAGUCGGAGGCGGUACAUGGAAGAAAACAACAUUGAAUAUGUACCCAAGUUUUUUAAAAAAGUUAUUGAUGCUAAUCAAAGAGAAGCCUGGGUUACCAAUGAAACCUACUGGGAACUGCGAAAGGAUCCGGGAUUUAGUAAAGUAGAAAUUCCUGUACUCUGGUAAACUGAGAAUGUAGAUCUAGUAAACAUAUCAACUCUCUGAAGAAAAAAAUAACUAUGCACAAUAUGUUUCUUAUAGAUAAGUGUGGUUUGUGGGUCUAUGGAAAAACCUAUCAUUUGCAUUUAUUUUCAUCUUUAUAAUGGACUUUUGAAAGUGCAUUAGACCAGGCCCCUGACCACUUCUGGAUCUUUUUAAUUUUGCAGCAGCCAUUAAAAAAAAAAAAAGAAAAA